AUGCUAGAUGAACGCCAAGGCCUUCAGAAGCUGUUCGCCGCCCUCACCGGCAUCUCGCUGCUGCAGAAGGUCUCGUACUCCGAGACCGCGCGCUUCCACAGCAGCAAGGAGCACCCAGUCAAUGGCCAGGCCAUGCACCCUCUGAUCUGGAACUUGACUCGCUUCCACCCUUUCUGGGCACUGAUCGAGAUGACCAUGGGCAUCGUGGCAGCCAGGCACGUGAUGCUGGACACCGAGGAGGACAAGAAGAAGGGGACAACGAACCCGUUGUGGCUCUUCUUGGCGGCCUAUGCUUCCCUGGGUCUGCGCCUGACCAAGUUUGAUUUCAAUGAUGCCAUCAUCCGUGGUGUGCUGUUUGUCCCCAUCUUCACAAAGUUCUUGACGCAGAUGCACAGGGACGCGCUGUCUCCCAACCCGGCCGCGAUCACUCGAUUCUUUGGCUCCAAGCCGAUGGCCACGCUGGGCUCCAUCGCAUUCCCGAUGUUCAUCCUGCAUGGCCCCAUCGGCCAGAUUUUCUACAAGAAGAUCCUGGCCAAGCGGAUCUGGGGUGCGCCGAUGCCAACGGCUUUCUUCCCGUUCUACCUCCUGAUCUGCCUGGGCUUGAGCCAUCUCACCAAUGAGUACUUCGUCAAGAACAAGAAGGUGGCAGCCAUCUCGGGCAAGAUCGCCCAAUUCCUGGGAAACUGGACCGAGGGCAUGCUGCGCGAUCGUUCCUAG